CAAUGAAAGAAUAGGUGCCUUUCUGUGUUCCAGGUUUUGUGAUAACCCUUGGCAUAUAGUGACAAACCAGGAAGACCUUGUACUUGCCUUUAUGCUACAGAAGCUAAGGAUGGGAGUUUGGAAGCUAGAAGGAGAAAGGGAAAUAGGAAAGGAGGAGAGCCACUAAGAAAUAACAAGGAUAGAUUCUGCCUCCAGUUAUAUUUCAUCCAGGAAAACACUGAAGUGUCAUAUCUCCAUGUAGGUCUUCAGUUGAAAAUAUCAACAUAAUAUUAAAUCUUCAGCAGUUUUAUUCUAAAGCAACACAAGUGUGGCUUGAUCUAAGAACCCAGUCUACCGUUGAGAGUCUUAGUAAAAGAAUUCCAGGAAAUAAUAACUUUGUCAAGUCCAAGACAGGCCUUCCACUUAGCACUUACUUCAGUGCAGUGAAACUUCGUUGGCUCCUUGACAAUGUGAGAAAAGUUCAAAAGGCCGUUGAAGAAAAACGAGCUCUUUUUGGGACUAUUGAUUCAUGGCUUAUUUGGAGUUUGACAGGAGGAGUCAAUGGAGGUGUCCACUGUACAGAUGUAACAAAUGCAAGUAGGACUAUGCUUUUCAACAUUCAUUCUUUGGAAUGGGAUAAACAGCUCUGCGAAUUUUUUGGCAUUCCAAUGGAAAUUCUUCCAAAUGUCCGGAGUUCUUCUGAGAUCUAUGGCCUAAUGAAAAUCUCUCAUAGCCUGAAAGCUGGGGCCUUGGAAGGUGUGCCAAUAUCUGGGUGUUUAGGGGACCAGUCUGCUGCAUUGGUGGGACAAAUGUGCUUCCAGAUUGGACAAGCCAAAAAUACGUAUGGAACAGGAUGUUUCUUACUAUGUAAUACAGGCCAUAAGUGUGUAUUUUCUGAUCAUGGCCUUCUCACCACAGUGGCUUACAAACUUGGCAGAGACAAACCAGUAUAUUAUGCUUUGGAAGGUUCUGUAGCUAUAGCUGGUGCUGUUAUUCGCUGGCUAAGAGACAAUCUUGGAAUUAUAAAGACCUCAGAAGAAAUUGAAAAGCUUGCUAAAGAAGUAGGUACUUCUUAUGGUUGCUACUUCGUCCCAGCAUUUUCGGGGUUAUAUGCACCUUAUUGGGAGCCCAGCGCAAGAGGGAUAAUCUGUGGACUCACUCAGUUCACCAAUAAAUGCCAUAUUGCUUUUGCUGCAUUAGAAGCUGUUUGUUUCCAAACUCGAGAGAUUUUGGAUGCCAUGAAUCGAGACUGUGGAAUUCCACUCAGUCAUUUGCAGGUAGAUGGAGGAAUGACCAGCAACAAAAUUCUUAUGCAGCUACAAGCAGACAUUCUAUAUAUUCCAGUAGUGAAGCCCUCGAUGCCCGAAACCACUGCACUAGGUGCUGCUAUGGCGGCAGGAGCUGCAGAAGGAGUCGGCGUAUGGAGUCUCGAACCCGAGGAUUUGUCCGCCGUCACAAUGGAGCGGUUUGAACCUCAGAUUAAUGCUGAGGAAAGUGAAAUUCGUUAUUCUACAUGGAAGAAAGCUGUGAUGAAGUCAAUGGGUUGGGUUACAACUCAAUCUCCAGAAAGUGGUGACCCUAGUAUCUUCUGUAGUCUGCCCUUGGGCUUUUUUAUAGUGAGUAGCAUGGUAAUGUUAAUCGGAGCAAGGUACAUCUCAGGUAUUCCAUAAAACCUACCAACUCAUGGAGUCCCAAGAUGUGAGCUUUUUACAUAAUGAAAGAACCCAGCAAUUCUGUCUCUUAAUGCGAUGACACUAUUCAUAGACUUUGAUUUUAUUUAUAAGCCACUUGCUGCAUGACCCUCCAAGUAGACCUGUGGCUUAAAAUAAAGAAAAUGCAGCAAAAAGAAUGCUAUAGAAAUAUUUGGUGUUAUUUUUUUUUUUUUUUUUUUUUUUUUUUUUUUUAACAUCCACAGUUAAGGUUGGACCAGCUACCUUUGGGGCUGACCCCCUCCAUUGCCAUAACAUCCUGCUGCAUUGCCUCUAAGAUGUAGGAAGAAUUUGGAUCCUCACCAUUGGAAUCUUCCAUCAAACAUAUUCAAACACUAUUGGACCAGGAUUUGAGUCUCUGCAUGACAUAUACUUGAUUAAAAGGUUAUUACUAACCUGUUAAAAAUGAGCAGCUCUUUGAUUAUAAUGGACACCCCAAAAGUCUUCUUUUCUACAUAGUAGAAGACGGCAACACCUUCACUGAAUGUUUGAAUAGAAACCUCUACUAAAUUAUUAAAAUAGACAUUUAGUGUUCUCACAGCUUGGAUAUUUUUCUGAAAAGUAUUUGCCAAAACUGAAAUCCUUCAGAUAUUUUCCUUUGUCCCACUAAUCAUGAUGACUUUCUGUCUGGAUCUUAUAGGAAAGGAUAUUUUCUUUUUUCUUCCAUCUUUCCUUUUUAUAUUUUUUACUUUGUCAUACCUGCCUAUAUAUUUUAUACACUGAGGGUAGCCCAUUUACAAAUUAAGAGCACAUUAAAUUCAGAAGGUUCUAACAGGGCUGGUCUUAAGUGAACCACUAUGUAUAUAAAUAUGUUGGAAAACAGCUGUAUACAUUUUUGGGCAACGGUUAUGCAUAAUAUUUACCAGGAGAAUUUUUUUCUUAAAGAGCCAACAUUUAAAAUUUAUGUUUUAUGUCAAUAAAAGAAAAUAUACUUUAUUGUGACUUCAACUAUAUUUCUUAUCCCUUACAUUUUAAUUUAAUUGUCUUAGCUUAAAAAAAGAAGAAACCGUGGAAUACUACAGUAAAUAUUGUUUUCAAACACAAGCAAUAAUUCAAAUAGUUAUUUUUCUUUUGAAUUAAUUUUAGACAUAUUUUGGAUCCUAUUGAGGGGAUAAGAGGAUGUCAAAAAAGUUAAAUACGUAAGUAGAAAAAAAUAUAGAAAUAAAGCCAAUAAUCUCUUUCAGUUCAAAUGUUAGCAAUUGUUAAUAAGAAACUGCUAUCUGGGAUGACGGAAUUAUCUCUGCUUAGUAUCUUAUUGUCACUGAAAAAAGAUUUAUCAUUACAAAUGUCUUCCAAUGAAACCAAGAAUUUCUCAAAAUAUUUAAUGUCACAUAAGAAGUUACCCAAUCUAGCUUCUUAAAGUCAAUUUUUAAAAAUAUCUUAAAAUUACCUAGUUUUGUAGUAAACAGUGAAGAAAAGAUUGCCUCCUAAUUAUUUUUUUCAAUUAGUGCUGAAUGGGAAAACAUUUAUAUCUUACUAUAAAAGGUUCUGUUUUGUUUGGAAUUGAUGGUAGCUUUAUUUACUGUUCUGAUUGUGCUGUUUCUAAAUUAUUGAAUCUGAUAGGUUUCAUUGAUGCAGCCAUCACUUAAGUGACAUAAAUAUUAUAGAGAGGUACUGUGAAACGAUCACUUUGUGGCAGGGGUACUUUUAAACAGUGUUUCUACAAAAGUACGUUGAGUUCAUUGUAAAUAAUUGUGAAAACCACUGUUCAAAUAAUUUUAAGAUUACAUUAAUUUUUCUAUAAAUUGCAAGAUUUAUAAAUGUUUGAAAUUGUACACAUUGAUAUUUAAUGACAAAUUUACUUAAAAUAAAUUGACCCCUCGUUCUUAUUUGCA